AUGCUGCGAUCAUUUUCGCACAAUACUACCAAGGUGACAAAUUUGAUAUAUGCAGGCGGUCGUUUGCAGCAAUGUUCCAAGAUACAUAUACCACCAUGGAGACCUGCGUCACCUUUAGAUGAAUGGGUUGCAAAAGAUGCCAGACCUAUUAGUCUGCGCCAACUUAUGGUCUUUGGACGAUCGUUAACUGAAGCACGACUUAUAAGUUCUGCGAAUUAUGUGCGAACAGAGCUUCCCACCAGAUUGGCACAUCGCAUACGGGAUAUGCAAACCCUUCCCUAUGUCGUAGUCACCAAUCCGCAUAUGAGUCAAGUCUACGAGUUAUACUACAAAGCAUUCGAAAGCUUCCGACGUGUGCGCGAGAUCAAGACACUGGAAGAUAACAACAAAUUAUGCAAAGUCAUUAGCAGUACCCUACAAGAGCAUCUCACCGUGAUCCCGAAGUUGGCAAUGGGCGUGCUAGAAUGUCGAGAUCUGAUGAAUCCGUCGGAUAUGGACAAAUUUAUGAAUACGAUUUUGCGAUCGAGAAUAUCGCGACGAGUUAUUGCAGAGCAACACCUAGCUUUAACGGAAACCUUUCAUUCCGAUUGGAAUUUUCCCGAUGGCAAACCAGUGGACGCGGAGUUCGUGGGUGAAGUCUUCUUGAGGUGCAAUGCGAAGGAGGUAGUCGAACGAGUAGGCAGGGAAGUUCAAGCCUUGAUGUCAGCCACCUACGGCCCUUCUACAAUUAUGCCUGAAAUACGGCUCGCGGGACACCUCGAAGCUACAUUCCCAUACAUUCUGAGCCAUCUUGAAUACAUAAUUGGCGAAUUAUUACGAAAUUCUGUACAAGCCGUCGUCGAAAAGCAAAGAAGUGGUCGAAAUACGAACAAACCACCACCGCCCAUUGAUGUAACAGUCUGCGAAGCUCCCCAACAUUUAAUAAUUCGAGUAUCCGAUCAAGGGGGCGGUAUACCACGAGACAUUCUUCCAUAUCUCUGGGCGUUCAGCAAAGGACCCCGCAGCAACCAACGUCUCGAAAACCUCACCCAAGUCCCCAAGAUGGCCGCCACAAUGCAAGAACUACGAGUGACCGACGUGCUCCCCGAGUUCCAAGGUUCAGGAACUGUCGGCAAUCAAGGUCCCAGCUCCAGCUCCACAUCCGCACAUGAAACUUCCCUCUCUUCUCUUACUAGCCGCCCUCCCAAUCUUCGUUUGGGUAUGGGGCUACCCCUAAGUCGCGUAUAUGCCGAGUAUUGGGCAGGGAGUUUGGAGCUGCAUAGUCUAGAGGGAUAUGGCUGUGAUGCAUUUUUACAGAUUUCGAAACUGGGUAAUAAGAACGAGCAGUUGACGAUGAGGGCUAGUAUGGAUGCUGUGUAA